AUGCCAGUCUAUUUCUUGAGUAUCGGCGGACCCAACUUUAUGGAAAACACGCAGCAUCCUGCCUACGCGAAGUUAGGCGAGGUUGGUAGAGAGAUUACGACCAAAGUCAAGCCUAAAGCGAUCGUCGUCUUCUCUGCACACUGGCAAGAUAGCCCAAAUCGUAUCCAGAUUAACGCCGCAGAGGACACCGAUAUCAUCUAUGAUUUCUUCGGGUUUCCACCUCACUACUACGAGUACAAAUUUCCGAACAAAGGCAGCCCUGAACUUGCGAACAAGGUCAUUGAGAAGCUGGGCGGCGCCGGCAUCGAGGUGCAGAAGGUGAAGCGAGGGCUUGAUCAUGGGGUAUGGGCAGGCUUUGUUGUCGCCUUCGAUCCCAAUAAGAACCCUCUGAACAUGCCCAUCGUCCAAGUCUCCCUCUUCGACAACGAGGAUAUCGGUCGCCACUAUCGCAUGGGCGAGGCGCUCCAGAGUCUCCGUGACGAAGGCAUACUGAUCGUAGGUGCUGGAAUGGCAGUUCACAACCUACAGGAUUACCGAAAGUCUCGAGGAUCGGGUAAAAAUAUGCCUUACUCCUCCACCUUCGAUGAUGCACUCAAGAACGCCGUGACUUCCAAUCCAGAAGAACGCAAGGAGAACCUGCUGGACCUUAUGAAGCGCAGUGAUGGGAGACAAGCGCAUCCAACGCUCGACCAUAUCCUCCCCAUGUAUGUCGCUGCUGGUGCGGCAGGUGAGAGCUCUGGUGAACAGCUCUGGACGAUGCCUGAGGUGAGUCUGAGCUGGGCACAAUACCGAUUUGGUGAACUUCCAACUACAGCGUGA